AUGUCCUCUCUAUUAGGUUUGAUCGAGCGACAACUGACUUAUGAUGUUAUCAAACGAUGGAAUAGCACAUUUUAUAUGUUAAAAAGAUUUAUCGAAGAGAAAACUUCGAUUUCUGCAUAUCUAAACGAGAAAUCAUUCAAAAAGAAUCUUGCCAAAGCUAAAAUUACGAAUAAUAUCGAUUGGGAUAUGCAAGAGCAGUUGAUGUUAGUGUUAGAACCUUUCGAAGCAGCAACGAGAAAACUAGCACUUGAUUCUCUACCAACUAUGGCAAUCGUUCUACCCGUCAUCACGACACUAAUCACAAGUCUUGAGGGUGGAAAUGUUGAAUCUACAGUGAUCACGCAAAUCAAACAGGGGCUACAUUGCUCACUGGAAGAAAGGUUUAAAAAAGCGUUCGACGAUAAAAUAGUAUUACUCGCAACGAUCCUCGAUCCACGCUGGAAGAAUUUUACUUUUCUGCAGAGUUCAUCUUAUCAAAACCAUCCCAAAACUGCUGCAUCAUUAACGAAAUUAAAUGCAUUUGAUGCCAAACUACUAGCAUAUAUCCACUUGCACGAUGAACAUCUGUUGGGUAUGUCCUCAACCAGAAAGUCAUAUGAAUCGGAUUCUGAACACAAUGUAACAUCUCAAAAUAUAUUGGAUUUUUUGGACAUGAUGGUUACUACUCAACCUGUUACAAAUAGUGUCGGUACGGAUCCGGAAAUGGUGGCGCUUAAACAAGCACAAAUAUCCGUGAUUAUCGCAAUUGGCGUUCAGACACUUAUGUAUUGCUGCANUGCAGUUAUCGUCUCUGAAGUUUGUAUUCUUCCCGAAGCAGAUUUAUCAUCGUUAUUGGUAUUUAACGUUGGUGAGACGUUUGAGCAUUGUUGA